UUCACGAUCCCCCAUAUCAAUACGACAAUACAUGAUCCUCAUCAUAAUAUCCAACUUAUGAUCAUCACACCACAAAUCCACAAUUAAUAAAAAUCUUUCAAAAGUAUUUACAACAUAUAUAAAUUAGCCAUCUCUCUUGUUUCAUUCCCUUAGCUUGAGGCUGGGAAGAGAGAGAAAGAUAUCGAGGAUGAAGUUUCUUUUUGAAUGUGUUACUUGCAGCAGCAUGAUCAACUCUUCUUCUUCUUCUUCUUCUUCUGAUUCUGAAGAUUCCUUGUCUCCUCCGACAUCGACGAUGGAGGAGACAAGCUCCCUUGUGGCGGCGGUGAAUAAUAACAAUCGCCGUAAACGAGUUCCCACCAGGGGAUCGUCUGUGGAUUGCAAUUGGAAACCCUCUCUUUUCGCGAUAGCCGAGGAUAAUGCUGUCUCGGCUACCCUCAAGAAACCGGUUAACCGCCAACAACCGGUCAGUAAAGUGGUCUCCCAAAGGAAUGUCAAGAGAUGUGCUUCUUCCCCGGUUGAGGUCAAUGCCCGCUCCCGCUCUCAUGAUUUUAGCCGAGAACCUCUUCCAAUGGUCUUCCCAGCUUUCUCUGCAGCUCCAUUCAUGUUUUGAUCAUCAUAAUAUUCGUUUUGUAUGCUAAUCCCUCUGUGAAGGUUGUAAUUAAAAUGAAUUUCAUGGAUGAAUACCAACACCGAUUGUCCCCCUUCCAUUUGUGAUUAUGUCAAGCACUUGUGUUUACUCA